CGAGAUGCCGAUGAUGCCUCCUCCGAUGCAGCAAAUGCCGAAGAUUCCGCAGAAAGAAAACGAAGAGAUGCCGAUGAUGCCUCCUCCGAUGCAGCAGAUGCCGAAGAUUCCGCAGAAAGAAAACGAAGAGAUGCCGAUGAAGCCUCCUCCGAUGCAGCAGAUGCCGAAGGGUCCGCAGAAAGAAAACGAAGAGAUGCCGACGAUGCCUCCUCCGAUGCAUCAAAAGCCGAAGAUUCCGCAGAAAGAAAACGACGAGAUGCCGAUGAUGCCUCCUCCGAUGCAGCAAAUGCCGAAGAUUCCGCAGAAAGAAAACGAAGAGAUGCCGAUGAUGCCUCCUCCGAUGCAGCAGAUGCCGAAGAUUCCGCAGAAAGAAAACGAAGAGAUGCCGAUGAAGCCUCCUCCGAUGCAGCAGAUGCCGAAGGGUCCGCAGAAAGAAAACGAAGAGAUGCCGACGAUGCCUCCUCCGAUGCAUCAAAAGCCGAAGAUUCCGCAGAAAGAAAACGACGAGAUGCCGAUGAUGCCUCCUCCGAUGCAGCAGAUGCCGAAGAUUCCGCAGAAAGAAAACGAAGAGAUGCCGAUGAAGCCUCCUCCGAUGCAGCAGAUGCCGAAGGGUCCGCAGAAAGAAAACGAAGAGAUGCCGACGAUGCCUCCUCCGAUGCAUCAAAAGCCGAAGAUUCCGCAGAAAGAAAACGACGAGAUGCCGAUGAUGCCUCCUCCGAUGCAGCAGAUGCCGAAGAUUCCGCAGAAAGAAAACGAAGAGAUGCCGAUGAAGCCUCCUCCGAUGCAGCAGAUGCCGAAGGGUCCGCAGAAAGAAAACGAAGAGAUGCCGACGAUGCCUCCUCCGAUGCAUCAAAAGCCGAAGAUUCCGCAGAAAGAAAACGACGAGAUGCCGAUGAUGCCUCCUCCGAUGCAGCAGAUGCCGAAGAUUCCGCAGAAAGAAAACGAAGAGAUGCCGAUGAAGCCUCCUCCGAUGCAGCAGAUGCCGAAGGGUCCGCAGAAAGAAAACGAAGAGAUGCCGACGAUGCCUCCUCCGAUGCAUCAAAAGCCGAAGAUUCCGCAGAAAGAAAACGACGAGAUGCCGACGAUGCCUCCUCCGAUGCAUCAAAAGCCGAAGAUUCCGCAGAAAGAAAACGAAGAGAUGCCGAUGAUGCCUCCUCCGAUGCAGCAGAUGCCGAAGAUUCCGCAGAAAGAAAACGAAGAGAUGCCGAUGAUGCCUCCUCCGAUGCAGCAGAUGCCGAAGAUUCCGCAGAAAGAAAACGAAGAGAUGCCGACGAUUCCUCCUCCGAGGAAGAGUCCGCAGAAAGAAAACGAAGAAACGCCGGCGAUGAUGACGGCGAAGAAAAAGUAA